AUGAGUGAGUUCCAUCAGUACGCUGACAGCUUUGCUUCGCGUUUCGGUGCCGACGAGUUCAACUUCCUAUCUCCUGGCAAACAAGAACAUCAAGGAAACAAGGACACAGAGUCGCAGGGUUCUGGAACGGCAACCGUGAGCGGUGGUGAGAGUAUGGCACAUGAAGGUGUUGUAUCGGGCGAAUCGUAUGAGGGCGGCUCGACCAAUGAGGAGAGGAGCCGAGGGGAGAUCGCUAGCCAGAGCUCCACUGUUGAUAGUAAGAAAGUGUCGAAACCGAAGAGAACUAGAGCGACCGGAGAAACGCUGGAUAUUUUGAAGCAAGAAUUUGAAGUGAAUCCUAAUCCAACUACACAACGCAGGAAGAAGAUUUCUGAAUUAACUGGGUUACCAGAAAAGAAUGUUCGUAUAUGGUUCCAGAAUCGAAGAGCGAAACUGAGAAAGAGUGGCGGGCAGCACAAGAGCGGGGCGGACAACAGCACAGACUCUGGAGCUGCCCCUAUGAUGCGUGACGACUCGCAUGAUUGCGCAACGUACUUCGACAGAAUACCCGUAAACAUCAACAACAACUAUUACUUCAUUGAUGUCUGCUCGAUCACCGUAGGUAGCUGGAAUAGGAUGAAAAGUGGAGCAUUGCGGAGAGAGAACCUGCCACUGAUAAGAGAUCUGUCAAACCUGUCCCCGAUUUCUAUCAAUCAUAUUAUGUCCAACGCUACUGAUUUGAUGGUACUCAUAUCGAAGAAAAACUUUGAAAUCAACUAUUUUUUCAGUGCGAUGGCCAACAACACAAAGAUACUAUUCAGGAUCUUUUUCUCCCUCGGUUCUGUCGUGAACUGUUCUCUCACUCUAGAAACGGGCGAUAUAACAGAGGGUGGCACUCGACGAGAGAGUGACGAAAAUCAUGAUCAUAAUGAGAGCAAUGAUACGGAUAAAGACUGCAACCAGUCCGAGAGUUUUGCAGAAUUGAAACUCGCAGUUUCGAGACCACCAAAUUUUGCUGUCUUUUUCCUAGAUAACUCGGAAGAGGGCAACGGCAAUCAGUGGUCUAUCUGCGAAGACUUUUCUGAAGGUAGACAAGUAAACGAUGCAUUUGUUGGAGGUUCAAACAUGCCUCACGCAUUGAAGGGUUCUGAAAGCUCUUUGAAAUUCAUGAAUUCACUAAUCCUAGAUUAUAACAGUGCGAAUCAGAUUUUGCCACCUCCCCCAACACAUCUCCAUAAUCCAUCUAUGGCCGGACAACAAUCACUGGCACUGCACGAACAUCCACAGACUUUUUUUGAUCAGUAUGAUGCAGCGAACGAUAUUUUGGCUCUGAACAGAGAUACGUCUGCAAUAGAUGAGAAGAAUCGCCUGAGUGAUAAUAAUAACGCUAAUUCAUUAAACCAAAAUCAGGCGGAAAACUCUGCUACUCUUCUAUCUCUAUCUCAUGACUCACACAUACCGAAUAUGCCCGAUUUCUUCAAGAACACACAAGAAUUAACGGAUGAUCAUAGAUGGCUGUAA